GCCGCGUUAUUGCGGAAAAAUGGCGGAUGAGAACGAGGAUCAGUGGUUGUACGGGGACUCCCAGGACGCCAAGGACGGCUUCCCCGAGAACUCGGACAGCCAGCCACUGGCCGAGAAUGACGUCUCAUACAGCAGUCAGGACAAAUCGUACCAACGCAAUGAAAGCACCCGCGAGGACAUGGACAACCAGACACCUGGAGUACGGGAGUCUCUCGAGGACGGCGGCGACACAACUACCGAAGAUAACUUCGAUAGGAACAAUGAAAGCGAACGAGUGCAGCAGAACAAUCAGGACGAGGACUCGAUGACCAAUGACGCUAAACAAAACGGUACUAAUGAACAGACACAAGACGAGGGAGACAGAGAAACCGAUUCAGAGUCUGACGAUGAUGUUGAAGUGCACAUUGGUGACAUAAAGUCUACUCCGGCUCAACAGCAGUAUAGUAGUUUAAACAUUAAAAGAGGUGGCCUACUGAAUACCGCGGCACCAGGAUCCGACAAGCACAAGCAACAGCCUGGAAAAUUCAGUCUAGAUGAGUUUGAAACCAUUGGCAGUAUCAAUGGAAUUCCUGCCCACGAGUUCAAUUUGGAUCAGCUUGAAGACAAGCCUUGGCGACAGCCGGGUGCCGAUAUUACCGACUUCUUUAAUUACGGCUUUAACGAGGAUACGUGGAGAGCAUAUUGUGAAAGGCAAAAGCGCAUGAGAAGUGAGUCUGGUGUAGGAUUAAUAUUAAAUACGGGCACGGGUCCACCAGGAGUUGUGCCUGGAAAUCCGGGGGCAAGAGUGCCUCAAGUCACUAUAACAAAUUACAAUAGUAAAUAUUCGGGUAUCAGUGGACCUAAGCGGGCUGGACCUCCACCUGGUCGUAAGAUGGCAGGUACAAUUGAUGUUAUAGGCAGUAGUGGCUUGGGUUCCAGAAGGAAUUUAGAUAAGUCACCACCUAAGGAGAACGUUAUCCAAGUGAUGACUGCCGACAGGCGGGAAUAUUCUCGUAAACCACCUGGCGGCUUUCCAGAUAUGAGUGUACCACCGCCUCCAGCUCCUAGAAUACCAGCCACAUUUGACAUGCCUCCGCCAGGCUAUCAAGAACCACCACCGUAUUUCCUACCAGAACUCGAUCCCUACUACCAAAGUUACGAACCAACACAAGAUAGGCAAUGGAACACUGAUACGGGCUGGCAACCCACCAACGUAAAUAUACCCCUAACAGGGGAUGAUCGUAAGAAUCCUGGAUCCAAAACACAUAUGUCAAUGGUGCCGCCAUCAGUGCCUCCAAUGAUGCCUAGAGACAUGAGGGAUCGUCACAGUGAUAGGGAUAGGGAAAGAAGAGACCGCGACAGGGACUAUGAGGAAGCAAUGAUGCGCGAACGUGAGAGAGACAGGGAUCGGGAGCGUCAUUCCGACAGAGAGAAGGAAUCUAGGAGAGAAGACAGAGACGUUGAUUCUUCUGUGAGAGAAGAAGAUCGCGAUCGAGAUAGGUCGCGGUCGCAGUACAGACACAAAGAAAGUAGACACCGGCAUCGGUCGAGAUCGCGUUCUCGGCGCCACAAAUCGCGAUCUCGAAGUCCCAGUAAACGCAAAAAGAAAUCACGACGCUCGGAACGAGAAAAAUCUAAAGAGGAUAGCGAAUAAGAAAUUAAUAUAUUUUUUCAUCUACGAUCGUCUUGUCUGAUAGUUGAGCAGAAAUGUUUCAUACCAUUUCGUAAUGCUAAUCGUCAGUUGUACCAAUGACUACUUUGGGCCUGAUGGAAUAAUUGUAUUUUAUUGAAUAAAUGUUAAACUUGAUGAUACCUUAAUGAUUAUUGGUAAAAUCACGAUUGCAUCCGUAGUUUCAUUUGUUCAUAUGAAUUUUUAAAUUUUAAUUUCAGUAAUCAAUUUUGAUUUACGUAUUAUUUGUAUAAAUAAUUUUAAUACUUUGUACAUACAUCAAUAAAAUCAUGUGGACCA